AAGGAGUGAUGCAGUUUAUGAACAUACAUUUUAGACUAAUAUAAUUGGUAUAGUAACUAUUUGGUACUGUAGUUAAAGUGAACCAGUAUCUUUCCAUGUCUCUAUGCAUGUUGCUUUUUCUACCGCUAGAUGGCAUUCUGACAGCAGUGUGGCAUUUUGGGUCAUGGUAAAUCCCAGAAUUAUGCAUGGAUUACAGGUUGGAAGUUAUUUUGAAGACCCUAAUAUAUCAGUGAAACAGUAACUAAUUCUAUGUUUGGCAGAUAUUCUCAAUCCAUAAAACUGAAAUGUUUUAACUUUACAUUUCAGAGAAAAUAAGUAUUUAGAUUUCAACGCUGCAUUUUACUUAAUUUCUUUCUUACAAAAAGAGUCACUGCAUGACGAUGUUUAUUUUCCGAUACAUUUUUGAUAAAACGUGCAGGGUCUCAAGUCUGGACAUAGUUUUCAAAUGAUACAGUAGCAAGUAGAGACACCAGUAGCCUGAAGUCUAGUGUACGGUUAUAAUUAUGUUUUAAUUGAUAUAUCCAUGGAAACGCUUAAAUAUAAUUAUUUGCCUGUAAUUAAUAAAAAUCUAGUCUAUACAGUUUGCUUAAUGUCUUGGUCAUGCGUAAUAGUAUAAUUGCACAUUACAGUACAAUUUAAUGAUUUCGACUUAAUAAACGUGAUUGUGUUAUCUCUUCAAAUGUUUCCUUUUGGCAUGAAACUCUAACCCUCCUUUUGCCCUUAUUUAGCUGCCCUCUUGAUUCCGCUCACCUCACACCCCUCCUCAAACUUCCGUCCAUGUCUCUGUGUGACUCAUACAAAACUCCUGCGUCGCUACUCCAACUAACUCACUCAUCAGUCUACCUUCAGCUCGUCUUUAUCCAUCCUCCUGUUGCCCGCUAUAACCCCCUGUCCAAACGUAACUCCAAUCUCUGCAACCCGGCCACUCUGUACAACAACGUCAUCAUGCUUUGGAAAUCUCGAACGAAGACUGAGCCCUACUGUCAGGACCGCGCGGACGGACUGACCGGCUCCUCGCCCAGCGGGCGACUGUCCCAACUCUCCUCGCUGAACCAGGCAGCUUACUCCUCGGCUCCCCCGCUCUGCCACACACCGACCUCAGACUUCCAACCUCCGUACUUCCCCCCUCCAUACCCACAGUCUUCGCUCUCAUACUCCCAGAGCCAGGACUCUGCAUACUCUCACUUAUCGGACCCCUACACCUCCAUCAACUCCAUCCAUCAGCAUCAGCAAGCGGCAUGGCACUCGCAGAGGUCGCGGUCGGACGAGGGGGGGCUAUUGUCACAGUCACACCGGGCUUUAAGCCUCGACCACCGUCGGGAGUACCCCGGUGUACCCCGGCUUCUCCACGGACUUGGGGAGGGUGCCGCAGCGCUAGGGGACGGGCCUCUUGGAAUGCACAUUGGACAUCACGGACUGGAGGACAUGCAGGUGGGUUUAUUUGGAAUGGAGGAGGGAUCAGCCUUGGGCAUCCUGGACCACUCCGUCAUUAAGAAAGUUCCUAUCCCCUCCAAGCUGAACGGCUCGGCCCUGUCGGCCCUCCACCUCAGUAAGGAUGGUCUAGGGAUGGGUUCCGUGUCCAACCCAGGGGAGGUGUUCUGCUCCGUCCCCGGCCGUCUCUCCCUCCUCAGCUCCACCUCCAAGUACAAGGUCACCGUGGGGGAGGUGCAGCGGCGGCUGGCCCCGCCCGAGUGCCUCAAUGCUUCCCUGUUGGGCGGAGUCCUGCGCAGGGCAAAGUCAAAGAAUGGUGGGCGCUGUCUGAGAGAGCGUCUGGAGAAGAUUGGGCUCAAUCUCCCCGCUGGGCGACGCAAGGCAGCCAACGUCACCCUCCUGACAGCUCUAGUGGAGGGUGAGGCGGUCCACCUGGCCCGUGACUUUGGGUAUGUGUGUGAGACGGAGUUCCCUGCCAGAGCGACAGCAGAGUAUCUGUGUAGGCAGAGUGACCCCGAGCAGCUUCCCACACGACGCAGUAUGCUGCUGGCCACCAAGGAGAUCUGCAAGGAGUUUGUAGACCUGAUGUCCCAAGACCGCUCUCCUCUGGGGGCGAGUCGUCCCAACCCCUGUCUGGAGCCCGGGGUCCAGAGCAACCUCACCCACUUUAGUCUGCUCACCCACGGCUUCGGUACCCCUGCUAUCUGCGCUGCCCUCUCCGCCUUCCAGAGCUACCUGGUGGAGGCCAUCAAAAUGCUGGACAAGGACCACGGGGGUGGCAAGGGCCACCACGAGAAGGAGAUGAAGCACCGCAAAUAGGUGGACGCCUUCUGACGAGAUUGGAGAUUUGACGGACUGAGCGAUUUCCAUAUUCCAUCCUUUCUUAGCCUCCUUUAAGAGGACAAAGACAUAUUUCUUCCCCAAAUUCUUACUGCGGCCCAGUCCCUCACAGGGAAGGGCAUGGUGAUGUUUGUACUGUAUAUGUGUCGGCCACUUCACUCAAAGACGCAUGGAAUUCUUCUGGGCUGCUGGUUUUCUAGGCAGUGUCCAUUCCUAACUGCCAAUGACAUUUUGUGGAUGAGUUCUGACUUCAUGUCCCUGUAUGUCUGUCUGACUGUCAAGAUGACACCCCAAACGGCAUUCAUUGGAAUGCCCUCUACUUCCCAUAGAGAUACUACUAUUUAUCUCUAUGCUACUUCCCUUAAAAAAUCUGUUUCUCUCUGGACUUGGACCCACUUUGAAAACAUCUCGUCACAAGAGAUGAGCCAUAUCCAGGACAGCCAACAUUCUUAGUUUUGCUCAUUCCUCAUCUGGACAUUGGAUACCGUCCAACUCCACCCAAUAAAAUGGGCAGUUUGUGUACUACGAUUCUAUGUGGGUGCUGUCACAGGCAGCUAUGGGAUUAUUUUUUGUGAAGGGGAGGGUAUGUGUGGGUAAAUUAAGAAAAAAAACACAUCAUUUUGUACUUACUGUGUAUGUUUAAUAUUAAUGUUAUUACUGUUAUUGUAUUACGGCAUAAAUGUAAUAUAUUAUUAAAGAAUAACUGAUGCGGA